AUGGUCGAGGACAAGUACAUCGGUCUCGCCCUCGCGGUCACCAGCACACUAGGCAUCGGCGCCUCCUUUGUCAUAACGAAAAAAGGCCUCAACGCAGCCGCCGAGCGGCAUGGCUUCGAGGGCGACGGGUACGCAUAUCUGCGCAACGGCACAUGGUGGGCUGGCAUCAUCACCAUGGUCGUCGGCGAGAUAUGCAACUUCUCUGCAUAUGCAUUUGCGCCGGCGAUUCUGGUGACGCCGCUCGGGGCGCUGAGCGUGUUGAUCGGCGCAGUGCUGGGGAGUUAUUUCUUGGGAGAGCAAUUAGGGAUAUUAGGAAGAGUGGGAUGCGCGAUAUGCCUGAUCGGGAGUGUGAUCAUCGUAUUGCAUGCGCCGCCGGAUGAGGAAUUGAGAAAUGUGGGCGAGUUGUUGAAUUAUGCGCUGAAGCCUGGCUUCAUGGUAUACUGCUUCCUCGUGACCGUCUUCGCCGUGGUCAUGAUCUACAAAGUCGCCCCGAAAUACGGCAAGAAGAACCCCAUGAUCUAUCUCUCCAUCUGCAGCACCGUCGGCAGCAUCUCCAUCAUGGCCAUGAAGGGCUUCGGCAUCGCCAUCAAACUCACCUUUGGCGGGCACAAUCAACUCACCAACCCGUCGACCUACGUCUUCAUGAUUGUGGUCACUGUCUGCAUUCUAGUCCAGAUGAACUACUUCAACAAGGCGCUGAGUCAAUUCAGCACGAAUAUAGUCAACCCCCUCUACUACGUCACCUUCACCACCUUCACCCUCCUCGCCUCCUUCAUCCUCUUCUCCGGCUUCAACACCACCGACGCCGUCAACACCAUCUCCCUCCUCGCCGGCUUCCUCACCAUCUUCACCGGCGUCUACCUCCUCAACCUCUCGCGUGAGGACCCGGACGGCGCCAACCUCGGCAUCAACAGCGACCCGGACAGAGGAAAAUACAGCGAAGUCGACGGCAUCCCCACCGACCCCUUAGGCGCCAUACAAACACGAAUGAGCAUGCAAGCCCGACGAAGCGGGGAAUUCGACCCGCGUGAACGGCACCGAAGAAGCAGUAGCUGGACGCUCCGCUCUCCCAUAACGCGUUUAGAAAACGGCAUGGGCAGAUCUGGCAGGCAGGGGAGCGGCGACCAGCAGCAUCUCAUGCAUAGCUACGACGUCGACGCCACGGGGCUGGGCGAGUUGGCGGAGGAUAGCGAUGAGGAUUCCGCGCAGAAGCGGACGUCGUUUGAGGAUCGCGCGGCGGGCGGGGUCGGGAGUGGGACGUUUGGGCCGCCGGGGAGGGUGGGGAGUCAGGUGGUGGAUGCGGGGACGGGGAAGGGGUUUGCGCGGUAG